AUGACCUGUUAAAACUUUUUUGGCAGAAUUAUGUAAAUCACGCGUGACAGGUCGCGCGCUGGCAACCAAGAAAAGAACAUAAACAGAAAACAAAAGCGCAUUGGUUUUUUGACAGCUGCAUUUCAAAGUUCUACAUAUUUUGCCUUUACGUUUUACAAAAUAAACAGUACAAAAUUAUUAGUUACUUCUGGAAAAAAGUUGCGAUGGAAGAUGACAACGCAAAGGAGGAUAAUCAGCCGUCCGCAAGUAAGAAAGAAAGCCAAAGGAUGACGUCAGCACAGGACCUGUACAACGACAGGCGCAAGUAUGAGGAGAGGAGAGAUGACCAUGGCUCGAACAGUAUGACUCGAAGCGAGUCUUUUACGUCUGCUUCGUAUUCUGCGAGGAGUCGACUGGAUAUGGCGGAUGGCAGUCCAAAGAUGCCGAAGCCUCCUAUAGUUAAGAGAGAGACAAAACCCCCGGAAAAGAAAAAGAGGGGGCGCCGACCAGGCAGAGUGGAGAAACGGCGACGAUCGCCAACGCGGCGGGCGGCGCUCCGAAGAGUGCCCAAGCGUAAACCUAGAAAAGAAAGGGAGCUGUCUGUGUCAACCAUAUUCACCAGACUGUCAUCUCUGAGUGGCUCCAGAACUCCAGGCUGUAAGUUCUGUGGGCACCGAUGCUGCCGCAGAAGAUUCGAGUACCAAAGGAGAUAUAGCAGGAAAUACUAUAAUAGAAGGAAACCAAGAAGAGUUAAAAGGAAAAGAGUGAUUCCCAAACUUGACGACUUGUUUCCCACCAACCAAGGCACAAAAAUGAUCCAAGUGGGGUCGCGGAGCAUGAUGCUAUCGCCCUUGUUCAUCGGCACUAAUACCACACCCAUUGAAGAGUUGCCAGAUGAGAAGAAUACGUACAUUGAAGUCACCCCAGAAAUGAUAUACCAGGCACUUCGAAGACUCACCAUGUGGAGGCAGUUUGUGUUAACCAGCUCUAUUAUGGACUAUUUGAAGAGAAACUAUCCAGUUAAUCGUGAUGAAAAGGAGCUUCUGAUGGAGCUGGAAGACAAGCUGAGAGUGGCUUCUAUUGUUGGUAUAGUGACUAAUGUGUCUGAAGAACGAUGGUGUCUCCAAAAGAGAACCCUGGACAAAACACACGUGACGAAGUUCUGGCAGAUCUACGGGGACACAAUGAAACCUGUACGAAGACAAAAACCACCGAUUGCAGACAAAGGAGUAGAGAAAGAAACGAAUGCGCGAAAACAGAACUGCUCAGCUCUUUGGAUACGCGAGCCGAGUGAUAACAUAAACAAUAACGAGUACCUUUAA